CUCAAAACCUUCCCAUUGCCACCGCGAGACCUUCAUUCCCGACUUCACGAAGGAAUCAUCGUCUCGCUCCAGACGUCGCGAUGCUUCGGCAUCUCAUCCUCCGGUCGUCGGCAGCCGCAGAAUCGAAUGUAAAUUAUCUUAUCCGAUUUGAUCAACAGAGAGGACUACACAGCAGGAACAAGAAAGCUAUGGAGUUCAUAGCCAAAGGAUGGAGCGCGCUGAAGGAAGUUGAUAGAGUCAUUGAUUAUUGUGAACUCAAGGAUAGCCGUCUCAUCCCUCUUCUUAGGGCAGCUAAAGAGAACUUUGAAUUGGCUCUGGAGGCUGAUAAUUCGAACACGCAUGCUAGAUAUUGGCUCUCCAAGUUGCAUCUGAAGUACCAUGUUCCUGGGGCAUGUAAAGCCGUUGGGGCUGCUUUGCUUGUAGAGGCUGCUGACAUGGGUGAUGCAGAUGCUCAGUAUGAACUAGGUUGUCGUUUAAGAGUUGAGAAUGAUUACGUUCAGUCAGAUCAACAGGCGUUCUACUAUAUAGAGAAGGCUGUUGACCAGCUGCAUCCAGGUGCUCUCUACCUUCUAGGAAUUGUGUACUUGACUGGAGAAUGUGUGAAGCAAGAUCUUGCUUCAGCUAUGUGGUGUUUCCAUAGGGCUUCCGAGAAGGGACAUGCUGGUGCUGCUAUAGCAUAUGGAUCCCUCCUACUUAGAGGCGUUCAAGUUCCAGAAUCUCUAACAAAAUUAGAUUCAAUGAGAGUUCCACCGCCCAAACGAGCAAAGAAGAAUCCAGAAAUCCCUGAGGUGGACCCACUGGAGGCAGCAAAGGAAAAAUUCCGAAUUGCGGCAAGAGAAGGGUGUGACUUGGGGCUAAAAUGGCUGGAGAGGCUAGAGGAGGAAGAGAAGCAUCUCUCAAUUGAAGAAGGUAGCUCCAAUGAACGGUAAAUACUAAUACCAUUCCCCAGAGAUAAGAAUCAUCCAUGUCCUUAUAAUGCAGGUCCUGUUUCAUAUAUAUAUAUAUAAUCGUACGGACAUUUCUUGGAGUGAGAAUCAUUAGGUUCCGUUUCUUUGUU